AUGACGAACGUCACUCUCGGAAAUACUAUUGGAGCAUCUUUCCUCGGAACAGUAGCGGCUUCCAUCCUAUAUGGGAUUACGGCGCUGCAAAUCUACCUAUACUACAUCACGUACCCAAAAGAUUGGAGGUUUCAGAAGGUUGCGGUCGGUAUCCUCGCAGGCCUCGACACCAUCCACCUUGGACUUACCAUCCACGCCGUGUAUCACUAUGUUAUCACCGAAUUCGGUAACCUCGCCGCCCAGCAAUUCGUCGUGUGGAGUUUCAAACUGCAAAUAGCUGUUAAUGUUGUCAUCGUCCUAAUGGUGCAAAGCCUUUACACUCUGAGAGUAUGGAAACUCGGCAGACACCAUUCGAGAGUGUGGCCGAUUAUUGUGAUCGCUCUUGUUGGGGCCGGGUACAUUAUUGGAAUCUACCUUGCCGUCGAAACAUAUCGACUGAAUACCUUCGCCGAUCUGAAAGGCAUGAAUUGGGUCGUCUAUGCCUCGUUCUCGUCAGCUACUUCCGUCGACAUCGCCAUUGCCACAGCGAUUGUCUACUACCUUCGGGCGGCCAGAACUUCUUUCGCUGGGACGAACAACAGGAUCAUCAGCAUCAUGCGAUACGUGCUGAUCUCCGGGUUCCUUACGAGCGCAUGCUCCUUGACGGCCCUCAUCACCUAUGCAGCGCUGCCGAACACCCUUGUGUUCCUCGGCGUCGAGUUCUUGCUUACGAAACUGUACAUUAACAGUUAUAUCGCCAUGCUGAACGCACGAACCUCCGUUCGCGACACGGAGUCGUCCUCGGCCAACGUCAGCGUCAGCAAGAUCCUCAACUUGCGAACCGGUGACAGACAACCUACCGACUCGACGCACGUUAUGGUCACCCAUGAUGACAAAAUCGAUCAGGAUGCCAUCCAUCUUACGCCGACGGAGUACCGAGGCAAGUUGGACCACGAGUUGACGAGCGACUCGAAAGGGAGAAGCGCGACUGGGACGUCACCGUCGCCGCACCUCGGGAUCACCGUCCACCGAAGUGAGCAGCGUUACUACGACUCUGAACGCACCCCGGCAUGA